GUAUGGUAAUAUUGUGUAGUCACGCGCGAGGGAAACAAACGUUGUAUCGUCGGCAUAAACGCGAUAACAUCCGGAGGAGGAUGAAUUCGGGAAGCGAAGCGACGACACGUCAAGUAUCAGCCGGGGGAGCCGGAAGAAGCUGAGUAUUUAAAAGACAGCGAUAAAGAUUAUCAGCGGCGACGUUCACUGACCGGCCUGCAGUGUACGCGAGUAUACAAAGUGCUGCUGCUGCUGCUGCUCCGUCCUCGCCAUCUAUAUACACAGCACAAGGAGCUGCAAGGAGUAAAGCUGCAAAGAAGCGGAAUUCAUAUAUACGCGAACAUCUGGAAGUCGACGCACCUGGCUAGCUCCCCGCGAUGGGCUUCGUCUCGCUUAUAAAGCAGCAGCGCACUCGGGCGCAGCAAGAAGAAGAAGAAGAAGAAGAAGCCGAGGAACGCGGACGAACAAAAACGGCCCUGCACCACCACGCCAGAAUCCAAGACAUAGAGCAAAUCCGAUUAACCAAGUGCAAGUCUCGUAAUUAAAAGGCCUCGGUACUAACCAUCUCUCUCUCUCUCUCUCUCUACUCGGAAGUACAUACCGGCGAUCCUGAAUCGGCACGCAAACGAUCGAGCAGCUCGACUCGCGAGUGGAAUCGCGGCAUUAAGUAUAGCUACACACACAAACACAGAGAGAGAGCCGUGAAACUCGAUCGAGGAGAGUAAGUAUAGGAAGCGGCGGCGGCAAAGAAAGUGGGAGAAGAGCGGCUCUCCUGGAGUAUGACCGAGAGCCAGUAGUCUUCACCUUGCACCGCGGCGAGUCAGUCUCGAGUGAACGACCGACCGGUAUCCACGCGCACGUACGUUCCCCUCCGUCUCUCGCAGCGUCGUACGCGUAUGCCAGUGAGAGACACGCACCAUGUGAGAGGAUCUUGAAAUCUGGAAGGAAGCUCCGCGCAGAAUCUGCCAUGGAGCCGGAGGACGAGUAAAUCAGCCGAGUGUCGAGUGUGAAGUAUAUAACAUACGAUAACGUCCUGCAGCAUUCAGUAGUGUGAAGCGAGAGUCAACAGCCCGCGCAAAAGUGGGUCAGUCGCGAGAGAAGAAGAAGAAGAAGAAGAAGAAGAAGACGAGGAGGAGAACGAAGAAAGAGGCUAUAUCCGCAGUCGCGAGUGCGUGGAAACGAAAAAAGGGGGCCGAUGACGAUGGGCGAGUUUCGUCGUCGGCAUCUCCGAUUCCGGCCUUAGCCUUGGCCCCAAGAUGGCGUCGUCCUUCGGCUAGAGAUCGCCCCCGCGGUCCUCCACCCCCUCCUCACGACCUCUUAUACCUGCAUCGAGAGACAGAGACCCACUGACUGAGUAGAGAAUCUUCUUUGGAGAAAAAAGUGCAACGAGAGAAACUGACCCUCCUGGUAGUAGCUGGUGAAAGGAAGAAAAAAAAAAAAAAAAAUCUGUCGGUCAUGGCGGGAUCGAAAGCUUCCGUCCUACUGACGUCCCUGGCAGCCUUAGCCUUCGUCGGGGUCCUGGGCAUCCAGAACGAGCAGACGAGGCUGAGGCUCGCCGAGUCCGAGCUGGGAGUCCAGCCGCCGAAUCCGAGCGUUCGAGCUAGCACCGACUCGGAGGAGCCGCAGAAUUUGGCGACCUCGAAUUUGGAAAGGACUCGGCUCGCUCCGAACCUCGAGAGCUCCAAGCGGCUGCUCGAAGACGACGAGCUCGAGCUGUUCGAGCCGACGGAGACGAGGUACGCAGCGAGAGACCAGUCGGCCGGUCUCGACGAGCCUAUCGACGCGCUCACCGCCUCGGCCAACCAGCUCGAUCAGAUCGACGGCAACCAGAUCGAAGUCAAGCCCGGCGAGUACUUCAGAAACAUCGUGCCGACGAAGAGUGAAAGCCUGUCGGGGGAAGCCCGAGGGGCUCCGCAGGUACCGCAUCGCCAUCCAGCCGGUCCCUCGUCGGAGCCCCGCGAACAAGCGCCGCGUCAAGCCCGACGCGAUCAGCCCUCCGCACGGAUCUUUAGCGAGCACGCGCCCACCGCCGCCCCGAGGCAGGCGAACCCCGAUAUCCAGGACAUCAUCACGGGUAUCGUGAAACUCCUCAACGGCAAGGUCAACGUCGCCGUCAACUCGGCCCGGCCCGUCAGACCGGUCCACACGACGCGCAUCAACAACCGCGGCCCGCCCGAGAUCAAGGACGCCCCGGUGCUGCCCUCGUACUUCGACAGCAUCACGCCCGGCAUGAACCCGCCGCCGCCGCCGUCCGAACAGCCCUCCACCUACGAGACGCCGCCUCCGGUCAGCCAGCCGGAGAUGCCGCCCGUCACUCCCUUCCUCCAGGGCAUACCGAUUCCCGAGGCGAUCGUGCCCCAGGUCAACCGGCCCUGGAACAGCCGGCCCUCCCGACCGGGCACGAGGCGACCGGUGCCGCCGUACAAGCCUCUGCCGAACAUCGCCGGCAGCAACGUCACGGCCUACGAGCAGAGCGAGUCGGACAAGGUCAACGCCGUGAUAGAUCUGCAGAACAAGAUCGAUCCCGACGAGAACCGGACGCGACUGACUUCCGAUCACGCGAACCACUCGGGCAACCACAGCAGGCAGCAGGUCAGUCCGACGCGCAAGUACCAGUCGACCCUCAAGACCGAUAACCCCGUGGCCGAGAACACGCUGGUGCUCGGCGGCGUGGCACCACAGCCGCUGCCGAUUCCCGAUUCCGGCGACGAGCCCGACAAGCAGAAGAUUUCGGCGACGAGCGCGAAACCCGUCUUCCAGACGACGCUGGGCGUCGAGACGAGCUCGUCGGUGCAGGUGAUCGCCACGACGUCCACCACGACGAUGCUGGAGCCGAGUUUACUACCGGUCAGUCACAGCGACUUCUCGGAAUCGUCGAGCAUCACCUCGAGCGAUGCCCCGGUGACCCUCGAGCCCAGCAGAACGUCCACGAGCAGCGUCGACCCGAGCUCGGGCCUGUCCACUCCGACCGAGGGACUGCUGUCGACCAGCCGGAUCAAGUCGACGAACUUGCCCCACAGACAGCCGGUUCAACCGAUCACCAGCUCCAUCACCUUCUCCAAGGCGCACAGUUCGGUUUACUCGUACCGACCGCGGCCAGGAAUAGUCCUGGACGACACUCUGGACUACGCGGGAGCCCAAGGAAUAGUCACCCAGAGGCCUUACGGUGGUCCGCCGCGACAUCCGAACCCGGACACGUUCGACGUCGUCGUGUCCGCUAUCCAAGGUCCCGGUGGCUCAGGCACGGGCGAGGUCAGAGUACCGGUGAACGGAGCCCACGCAGGCAGCGACGACAUCCUGACCUCGCCCGUCGAGGGUCAAGGCUUCGUCAGCAUCGACGGCAAGAGAACGUACUUGAACCUCUUCGACAACACCGAGGGAACAGCCUCGGCCAGCAAAGCUCACGUCCAGCCCACGAGGACCCAAAGCGCUCCUGUACACGGCACCGGUUUCGCUGUCCCGCAGACGGAUAACACAGCCAUCUCGCCGAGACCGAGCGCACCGGUAAAGAGACCGACGUUGUACAGAAGGCCGACCCAGCCGCCGGUCAGGAUAGACACCUGCAUCGUCGGCGACUCGAGCACCUGCGAUGCUAGUCAGCACGAGGCAUGCGCCACCGUUCAGGGCGUCUCGGCCUGCCACUGCAAACCUGGCUUCGCCAGGAAAACGCACACGGCGCCUUGCAAAAAAAUCGUUAGCAUUAUUCUUUCUAUUAGGGUUGAUAAGAUAUACGAUAAGACGAUAGUUUGGACUAAAGACCUUGGCGACAAGGACUCGGAUACUUAUCACACCUUGGCUUACGAGGCGAACGCAGCCAUUCAAUCGGCAAUGUCGAUGACUCCAUUUUUCGACGAGCACGUUGGGACGUCUAUUAACAACAUCUACCAAGGAGACGUGAGUCAAGGGCAGGGAGGCGUUUUCGUCAACGCCACCCUCAAGUUAGCCUACGAACCACGUACCGCUAGACCAACUCUGGCCGGAGAGCUACAGAAACAUCUCCUCGGAGUGAUUCAGAGGAGGUAUAACAAUAUCGGCAGCAGUGCGCUUUACGUCGAUAGCCCGGCUGGCUCGAUUUCUAAUUUGCAAGAUCUGGACGAAUGUGCCUCGUCCGAGCUGAACGACUGUCACUCGUCGGCGACGUGCACAAACACCUGGGGUGGUUUCAUUUGCACCUGCAACCCAGGUUUCAAAGACCCGCACAAGGGCGAUCAGAGCACCUCGGGAAGAAGCUGCCUGUCCUGUCCCAACUCGCACUGCAACAAUCGAGGAACUUGCUCGUAUCAAGGAGACCAGAUGCAAUGCUCGUGCACUGGAAACUACUACGGCGCUCAGUGCGAAGUAGACGGUGAAGUCCUUGGCGUGGCUAUCGGAGCCUCGGUUGCGGCCUUGAUUAUAAUAGUUUUAACCCUCGUGUGUCUCGUAAUGUGGAGUCGAAGAUGGUCUAGGGAGCAGAAAGCAAUGUCCCCGGUCUACGGAUACGUUCAGGGAGGUCUUCCGGGUACUCUGCCAGCUCGCGUAGGAUCGGUUGGAACGCUUGCUUCGGUCAAACAAGGACCUCCGACGAAUCUUCCUCCCUACAUGUGGGCCCAAGUCGCUGACCACUUGGCUACUGCCAAUGUCUACGCGACUGAGCCGAUGGGUCCAACGCGCCCGAGCUCGGCAAUGUUCGGUUAUCCAACUCUGAGUAUGCACGGCACUCUGCCACCGGUACCGCUACCGAGACUACAGGCUCCGCCUCGAGCUAGGCAAAGGCAUCAGCCCGAACCCGACAGUUCUGAUUCCGAACCUCAGGAUAAGGAUCGAGCUGACCUCAUACCUCAGAGCAGCUUCCAGGUGCCCAGACCCAAAUCCCGCUCUUCCUUGGCCAAUCAAAGCGGAAUUUACUACGACGUCGAGUAUGAUCAGGGGGAUGCUCGGCACUUGUCAAAGAACAACAUUCCGAUGUCCACGUACAGCAUGGCGCCCUAUUACCGAACGUGAUCGAUGAAAUCCUGUAUGAGGAUAAAAAUAUUAAAAGACUUUGACUGAAACCGAAAUAUUCGACUAUAUUCCAAACCGUUUGUCGUGUGUUAAUCGACGAGCUUGCCUAUCGUGCAAUAGGUUAAUAAUAAUUAUGAGAUUAAUUUUAAUCGAAAAUGCUAAUACGCGAAUUCAACGGGUGAAAAGUAUACUAAUAUAAAUAAAAGUUUAUAUUAAUUUUUUUUUUAGAAAAAUCAGUAUAAAUAAUUAAAUCCGGUGGUAGAGUAGAAAUGAAUCUCCAUUGUAUAAAACUUUAUAGAUACUUGAUAGAUACUAGAGAACAUUUUUCGAGAAGCAUUUCCGUGGUGAUGGCCCAAAGUGGAUCCUCUCUUUGAGCGUGUUUCUCGAAAAAUUAUGCAAAACUAAAGAGUGCAGCCAGUGCAUUUCCAGAAACUAAAAGAGACAAAUUAGAGUAAGGCUCACACGGCCAGAGGCUUUAUUAUUGACGCGUUCUCGUUGCGUGCGAAGCAAGUGACCUCGCAACACUGUAAUUAAUUAUCAUGUAAAAUAUAUAAUUUAAUGUUUGAACACAAUAUAAAUUUGAAACUUGAAAA